AUGGCUCGUAAAAUCAAAAAUAUCAAUAUACAGUUAAAUCAAAUAGCAAUUGAUAUGAGAAGAUUUCAGUUUCAAACUACUAGUAUUGCUAGCAGUGGUGGGUACGAGCAAGAGCAACGUAACCGGCUAACUACUUCAUUCUUUGGAGAUGUUUCAAAAUUUGUAGGAAGAAAAGAAGAUAAGUCAAAGAUUGUAAGGAUGUUAACAACGAUGAGCAUAUCAUCGUCAACAUCAUUACAAUCAUCUUCUGUAAAUUCUGAUAUACAUGAAAAAGUGUCUGUCAUAUCCAUUGUGGGUAUGGGUGGAGUAGGAAAGACUAGUCUAGCUCAAUCAAUCUACAAUGAUAAAUACGUAGAAAAUCAGUUUGCAGUAAAAAUGUGGGUCUGUAUUUCUGACGACUUCGAUGUGCUUAAAAUCUUAAAAAACAUUAUGGAGUCUGCAAUUAAUUCUAAAUGCGAAGACUUCUCAAACCCUGAAGUAUUGGUGAAAAAGAUUCCAUGGAAUGGGAAAAACUUAAAGAGUGUCCUAGACUGCGGCUCUGCUGGCAGCAAAGUUAUAGUCACUACACGCAGUCAAAAAGUUGCAUCGGUGGUGGAAGGUUCAAUUCCUCCAUACAAUCUAAAUGUAUUAUCCGAAGCAGAGUGUUGGUCCAUCAUCGAGAAAAAAGCUUUUUAUCCUGGUGGAGCAUCUGCGACUCCAAAUAUGAAAACUAUAGGAAAGGAGAUAGCAAAAAAAUGCGGAGGUUUGCCGCUUGCUGCAAAAAAUUUUGGUGGUCUUAUGCAUUCACAAAGGUAUGAGAGGGAUUGGUUGUCAAUAAGAGCCAACAAAAGCUUAAAAACACAAGAAAAUCCUUGUGGCGGAAUUAUUCCAAUAUUGAAAUUGAGCUACGAUUCUUUACCAUCCCAUUUGAAACAAUAUUUCUCAUACUGUUGUUUAUUUCCCAAAGAUUGGGAUUUCGGUAGAGAAAGAUUGAUUCAGUUGUGGAUCGCUGAAGGAUUUUUCAUCCACCAUCUAGUGGAGGAAAUAGAAACUCGCUCGAAGAUAUUGGCAAUGAUUACUUCCUUAGUUUGUUAUGUAGCUCUUUCUUUCAAGAAUCAAGAUGUAGAAAGGGAUGUCUUCAUAGGCGAUAUUGAAACGGUUAAAAUGCAUGAUUUGGUGCAUGAUCUCGCGUUAGGCGUUGUUGGCAGUCAUGAAGUCAUGAUUCUGAAUACAAGUGAAAUGGAAAAUGAUUUGUGUCGAAUUCGUCGGCUACGGUUUAUCAUGGAAGGAAUACCAGAAACACAUUUUGAUGCAUUACGCAAUGCAACAAAAUUGCGCACGAUAAUUUUCCAAGAAGAUGGUUUUGUUUUUCCAAGUCCACCGAGUAAUAAGCGUUUGCGUGUAAUACGUUGGCUAUAUGGUGCUCAUAACAAUCUGAAAUUUCUAACUUCUAGUUUCAAGUUUAGACACAUGAGGUUCCUUGACCUACGUUAUUCUAAUCUUGAAUAUGUUCAUGCCGAGUCCAUCCAUCAACUCUACAAUAUCCAAACUCUCAACCUUUCUUUCUCCAAAAAUGCUCAAAACAUUCUGAAAGAAGGAAUUGGUUGUUUGAUUAAUUUGCGACAUCUGGAUCUCUUUAAUUCAGACAUCAACCUUCUACCUGAUUCUAUUUUGAUGCUCACCAAUUUGCAGACUUUGAAUAUCCGACGUUGUAAAGGUAUUAGUGUCUUACCCAAGAAUAUUGGUCACCUCCAAAAUCUAACGAUGUUGAACUUCAUGAGUUGCGAUCAAUUAAAAUCACUACCUCGUAAUUUUGGAGCUUUGACACGACUAAGGUCACUUAAUUUGUAUGAUACUUCAAUAACGGAAUUGCUAGAGUCUUUGACUAGCAACAUCUGUAAAUUAGAGUACGUGAACUUUGGAGAAAAGUGUAAGUUUCCCAAAGACAUUAAGAAUUGGGUGGAAUUGAGAAUCCUGGAGUGCGAAGAGACAGAUAAUAUAGUAAUGCCUAGCGGUAUUAAAACCCUCACUCGACUCGAAAAAUUAUAUUCAUUCAUGGUGAGCAAAAAAGAUAAUUUCUCCAUGGAUACCUUCAGAUAUAAUUCAACUUCUUCUUCUAUCCACCAAUUAGGAGAUCUAAACUCCCUUCGGAAGUUAUAUAUUGUAAAUCUAGAGAAUGUGAGAGGUGGUAAACUAGAGGCGGAGACGGCAAAAUUAAAGUACAAGCGAAACAUUCAUGAAUUGUUGCUACGAUGGAGUUUCAAAGAAGAAGGAGUGGUUGUUAAUGAUUCUGAUACGGUGCUGGAAGGUGUCCAACCUCACCCUAAUUUGGAGGGAUUGGAUAUCUUGGAUUACCCUGGUUUAAAGCUUCCAAAGUGGAUGGGAUCAUCUUUUUGUCUUCCUAAUUUAGUGAGAUUAAAGUUUUACUACUGCAAGAAUUGUGAAAUAUUAGUAGGCCUGGGUCAACUCCCGUGUCUUCAGAUUCUUCAGAUAGAAGGAAUGAAUUCCGUUAAGUGUUUAGGUGUGGAGUUUUAUUACCAGCAGGAAGAAGAAGAAGAAGAAGAAGUUAAGUGUUUAGAUUUACGAUUAUGGACUUCUGCUCUCAAGAUAUUAGCUAUAGAGAGUUGCCAAAAAUUGAAAAGUGAGCAUGUGGCAUUUUAUCUCGACAAAUUCCUUCCAUCUAUUGAAUACUACUUGAAGUGA